AUGGAUGCCUCGUUUUAUUCGCCGCUGACGAGCCUUUUUCAAGGCCACCUCCAGCAGCCAUCGUUGACGCUGGAUCUUCCGCUUCUUCACGCCUCGCGACCGCACAAGCUCCCUCCUUCUCUCUUGGUCCCCACGCACACCUUUCUUCUUCCGGAUGUUCGGCCGUCCUCGAAGCAGGUUAUGCCUCUCUCGCUUCGCUCGUCUUACGUUCUUGACUGCUCCUUCGUCCCACAACACCCGUCGCUUCUCGUGUGUUCGUCUGCGCCGGCGGGCUUUGUCGUCGCCCUCGAUCUGGCCACCGGGCAAGCCGUCCAGAGUUUCCUGCUCCCACCGGCGACGCGUUCCAGGCUCGACGGUGUACGCAGCGACAACGCUUCCUUGUAUUCUUCCACCGGCUCCAGCCCGUCUCUCACUGCUGCCCACAUGCACGGGGAUCCUUCCUCGCCACUCCUUUUCCUGGGGACGUCCGUGGGCGACAUUUUCGCGUAUGAUCUGCGCUUCGCAGGGAGCGGCAGAUGUGGAGUGUAUGGACACCCUACGCUUCACUUGGAGCGUGCACAUGACGGCAUCGUCUCGUCGCUCCGAACGGGCGGAGGAGGCACAGGCAUGUCUGCUGUGCACCCCACGUCUCUCCCAGGACACGUCUUGGUUUCCGGUGGUCUUCAAGACAAUUGGAUUCGCGUUUUCGAUCUACGUUUCCCCUUCCACUACAGCACGGGCCCCUCAACUUCCACUGAUGCGUCCGCACUCACAGGUGACUGGGAAAACGGCGGGGGGAGUUGUGGGGGGACGGUCCAGAGGAGGAGCCGAGGCCGCGUCCCGUAUCCGAUUGAUGCGAUUCAGCUUAAUCCGGGGUGUCGAUCGGCGGGGGAGGCCGGAGGCGCCAGGAACGUAUUCUUUUCGUCUUCGUUCUCGGCUACGCGGCAGUGGCUCGAAACAUCCGCUGAUACAGACCCAGAGGAGGCUCUCCACACAGACGCUUGCGGUCUGCACGGGGGAGUCCAGACCUCGGCACGGCGCGAGAGAGGCUCCCAGGACGAGGGGAACCUCCCCUGCCACUGCUGUGCUGACACUGGUUCGGCGUGCGGCAUCGUCGCAAUGGACCUUUCUCCAGAUUCGUCGCUCCUUGCGGUGGCUCAGCUGCGCGCAGUUCUGAAGGAAGCAGCGGAUGACGCUCCUCCCAGGAGGGCUCAUUCUGCGCAGACGCAGGCGGGUUUCAACGGCGGCUCCGUUUCUGAGUCGCGGUUCGGAGAGGGCCCCGGUCGUUUUUCGCCAGAAUUGGAUGGAGCCGCAGACGGCAAGACAGCCCGAAGCAGAUCCGUGAAAGAGUGGAAAGGCGACACGACAACUGUGUUGUCGGGUGUCCAUACACUUAAAGACGGGAUGGAUGUAGAGGAGGAGGAUCGAGCGCUUAGCGGCAUAUGUGGAUUUCCCAGACGCGCAACGUCGAAAGGCGACGAACCAGCGGCCGCAUCAGCUAUGGCCGGAACGCAAACGAGGAAACGCCUCUCUGUCCCGAGAAGGGACGCCCGUCUUCUCGCUUCCGACUUCGGACCGAGAGGUGUUUCUGCACGCGACAGUGUCGCGCGAGCUCCCGUCAAGAGGGACGUGUGGCGAGUCGAGGGCGAGACGACAAUCCUCAGUGUUGCAGAGGGUCUGAAAGUGGUGAAGACGCUCGCCGUCGCCGACGCGUCGUUUUUUACGUCUGUGGAAUUCAGCCGAAAUGGUAAACACCUCCUCAUGGGCGGGGGAACGAGCGACAGUAGUUUCUGUGUAGAUUGCCGCGCCUGCAGUUGCUGCUGUCUCUGCUUCGUUUCGCGGCGGAACCGAGAGGAAAGCCAGCGGUGGAAAGACGACCAGGAGCGGAGGCGGCGGGCCACAUUGUCUCCAAGGGGCGAGGAAGAGGCAACAGAGGACGGCGAGGCAGCUGGCUGCUGCAGCCGAGACCACAGCUCGCGGUGCAUGCCGCAAGAGGACGAGGACGGGCAAGCGGGGAAAGGCGAGAGAUUUCGACAGAGGCCUUCGGAGAGCGGGCGAGAGCCCCAGGCGGAAGAGGCCGGACCGGCUCACCGGGCCCAGCUGGUGAAUUUGCUGCAGUCGAAUCGUCUGGCUGUUUUGAAAUCGCCCGCGGAUGGCGCGCUUGCCUUUGCCGAUGCGUCUCUGCUUCAACUUGCGCUUUCCUCGGAGAACGCGACGGAUCAAUCCGUCGCUUCGUCGGCUGCCUUCCAUUCGCCCCUCGCUUGGCCCCCUGGCGACCUCACUCGCGUUCAGAUCUCGCAGGUGCCUCCGCCGCCUUUUCUGUCUUCUUCACUCCAGUCUACCUCUCUCCGGCUGCGACUUUUUUCGCCCGAUAGCGCCGUCCUGGACUGCCGACGGCGCGCCUUCUGGAAGGGCCCUGCUGCUGCUUUUCCGCUCCUCUCGGGCGAGGAAGACGAGAACCUGGAGAAUGUGGUGUCUGCGUCUUCGCGCCCCGCUGCCAGUCGCGCGGCCUCGCCAAAAGAAGCAAAAAGCGGAAACGCUUCCGCCGCCUCGCCUCCAGUGAGCGCGGCCGCUGGGCCGUCGUCUUUGCGCGCCCCGCAGGAAGUGCGAGACCGCUUCAAGGACUCUCGCGAGGCCACUACCGACCCGUCAGGCCGCUUGACGUCCACGCCCUUCCCCCAGUGUCACCCGCAGAUUUCCCAGUUUCUCUCGGCGUGCGGGCCUCUCCAUCCUCACUGGGGAAGACCGAGCUGCAUGCACGACCGAUUCGUGGUUGCGCUCUGGGGCGGCCUCGUCGCCGGCGUGGGCGGCUCGCCCCACUACCCUGGGCUGAAACUCUGGCAGGCGACGACGGGCGUCGUGCUCAGCUGGACCGAAGGCAUCCUGGCUACUCCCGAGGCUGUUCGGUGUGUCCGUGGCCACGCCGACUUGAGCACGGGGCUGCUGGUGACGGCGGGAGCUCUGCCCGCACGGCUUUCCCGAGAAGACUCGCGUUUCCCGUCUGCGUGCCGACUGGCCACAGGGAAACGGAGAAGAGAACAGGACUUUCUGAGUGAAUCGACAGGCGGAAGGCACGCGAGGCGACCUGGCGUUACUCUGUGGUCACUCAUUCACCGAGAUGUGUUGCUCGAGACGGCGCUCAGGAAAGAGAUCGAAGGCGAGUCGGCCUUUCUGCUCGUGGAUCCUGACGAUGAAGAUGCAAGUUAG